CGUGUAGAAGGAGACGUCAGAUCAAGCGUCAAAAGCGGAAGUAGCAUGUUAUUUUCAUUCUCCUUUGACAGCGUGCAGCAAGAACAUGGAAACAGGCAGAUCUGCGAAGCUGGAGUUUGCUGUGCAGAUGACCUGUGACAGUUGCGUGAACGCGGUACGCAGCGCGCUGGAGCGACAACCGGGGGUUCAGGCGGUGCAGGUGGACCUGGGUAAGGAGCAGGUGGUGGUGGAGGCGUCUCUGACGGCCCAGGAGGUGCAGCAGCUGAUCGAGGGCACCGGACGCCGUGCCGUACUCAAGGGCAUCGGCAGCGGGCAGCCGGACCUGGGCUCAGCGGUGGCCAUGCUGUCUGGCUGUGGCCUGGUCCAGGGGGUGGUGAGGAUGCUGCAGCUGUCCCCAGAGCGCUGCCUCAUAGACGGGACCAUAGACGGCCUGAAGCCCGGCCCACACGGCCUCCACGUGCAUCACCUGGGGGACCUGACCAAAGACUGCCUCAGCUGUGGAGAGCACUACAACCCCCAUGGAACACGCCACGGAGGUCCGCAGGACUCUGAGAGGCACGUGGGGGACCUGGGCAACAUCCUGGCAGGACCUGAUGGAAGGGCCUCCUUCCGCCUGGAGGACACACAACUGAAGGUCUGGGAUGUUAUUGGUCGAUCUCUGGUGGUGGAUGCAGGGGAAGAUGACCUUGGAAAAGCGGAUCACCCCUUAUCCAAGGUCACAGGGAACUCAGGAGAGAGAUUGGCCUGUGGCAUCAUCGCUCGCUCUGCCAGCCUGUUCCAGAACACCAAAAAGAUCUGCGCUUGCGACGGCGUGACCCUCUGGGAGGAGAGAGACCGCCCCAUCGCAGGGAAAGGUCGCCAGAAUCCUGACCCCCCUAGUGCUAACCUGUGACCCCUCACCUCACCAUAUCAUUAUGUAAAGCCAUUAAAGCCAAAAAAUACUA